AAGCGUAUAAUGCUGUUAAAUGUAUUGAUCUGCAAACGUAGAUCAAAAAGAAAUUGAAUGGUUUCACAAUCUUUUCAAUCCUGGCUCCGUGUCCAAAAUUGACUAAUCACGCUACCUUUUUCUUAAUACAUACGACGCGUCUUUGUAACACUACAGACGUGUAAUCAUGUUUCAACUGUGGUCUGUGGAUCUCUACCGUUCUAUUGUUAGCGUUCCCGUCUUAUCAAGCUUGUGCUAACUGUGGUGUGGAUCACGUGCUUUUAUUUGCAAAUUUCGUGCACCGAUAGUGGACGAUUUCCCCCGACUUUUUUAAACUAUAAAAGGGGGUAACCAAGUGGGAAAUACAGCAAGUUGUUACUCAAUCAAGUAAUUAUUCAGUCAUCGCAAUGUCAUUAACCGAAGGUCAGCAAUUCCCAGAUAACGUCGAGUUUACAUAUAUUCCAAUUCAAUUGGAUGAUUUAGCCUUGAUCAACCCUUUGAAGUGUGAUACCAGUGCCCAAUUAAAAGUGGAUGAACUUUUAACCAAGUUAUCCACCACCGACACUCCAAACUUAUUAAUUGUGUCUGUACCAGGUGCAUUCACCCCAACAUGUACUGAAGUCCACAUCCCUCAAUAUUUAGAAAACUUGCCAAAAUUGACCGAGGCCAAGGUUGGGGCUUUGCUUGUCCUUGCAUUCAACGACGCCUUUGUCGUCAAUGCCUGGGGUAAGGUCUUGAUCAAAGAAUACGUCAAGCAAUCAGACAAGGCUUUACCACAAGUUAUCUUUGCUAGUGACGGGGGGUUCAGUGGUGCCCAUGAUUUGGCCGCAGACAGAGGUGGUGUUUUGAGAAACAAACGUUAUGCUACAGUGGUUAAUGCCAAGGACAGAACUAUCAAGUAUCUUGGGGUUGAAGUUGAAAGAGGUGUACACAAUUCUGGACUCGAUGCAGUCUUGUCAAAAUUAUAAUUAGCUGAUUUAUUAUUUUAGAUCAAACAAUAAACAAUAAAACAACAAGUGUUCUUUACCCUUAAUACCGCGUAUGAUGUAAUCUCCACGUUGUAGUAACCUGUAAAGGUAAAAAGCCAAACCAGCAAACCCCCUCACAAUUGUAAGUGGCAGUGCAGCCGGGUAACCCUCUGGGGAGUAUUGUUCCAGACUGUUCUAUGUUGCAUGGGUACACUACCUUCUAUUGCAUUACAAAGAAUUGCUGGCACAUGCAACCAGCAAUUGACUUACAUAGUCCCUGGUGAAUAAUCACACAGACAACGGCAUGGAUCUCAGGGAACCCAUCCCCU